AAGCAUAGUUUUCUUCCUCUUCACACGAUUCCAAAGUCAAACUUUCAAUCCAAACUUCCUCAAACCAUUCCAAUGUUGUUUUGAUGCUUGCUCUCUUUCCCUUCAGACCCAAACCCCAGUCUCUGAUAUGGGGCUUCUUCCCAGAAAGUUGUUAACUGAACCUGACUGUGAUUUCUUCUGUCAUAAGGAACAGUCUUGUUCAUCAGUAUCUAUUUGUGAUGCUUGCCUCUCCGCCUGCUAUAACUUUUACCCUCCACCACCACCACCAGGUUUAUAUAAAGAUCAAAGCAAACACCACAAAAUCUCAACCUAUUUGAUUAUCACUAUUGCUAUUGCAGCUACUGCUUUCUUUGUUGUUUGCUGCUACGCCAUCUAUGCCAAGUUUUUCUCAGGUUGGAACAGGUCAAGGAGGAGAGGUUUAUCACAGCAACAAACAGAAGAUGAUUUUGUUGAUGAAGAACAUGGUCCUGUUGUGGACCACCCCAUCUGGUACAUCCGCACCACUGGUCUUCAACAAUCAAUUAUCAGUGCCAUCACCGUUUGUAAGUAUAAGAAAGGUGAAGGCUUGAUUGAAGGAACAGAUUGUUCUGUUUGUUUGAGUGAGUUUCAAGAGGAUGAGAAUCUAAGACUUUUGCCAAAGUGUAACCAUGCUUUUCAUUUGCCUUGUAUUGAUACUUGGCUUAGAUCACAUACCAAUUGCCCCAUGUGCCGGGCUCCUAUUGUUACCAACCAUGCAAGGAUUCCAUCUAUGGAGCCUAAUAAUGUUUUUGAUUCAAGUUCUGUGGAAAACAACACCCAGAUGGAAGUUUUGGAAAAUGGUGGUGGAAUGGAAAAUAGUGCUUCUCAGUUGAGGAAUGGAGAAGAGGAACAAGGGCAAGAAGUUGAGGAUAUGAGAAGGGUAUGUGAAAGUGAGAACUCAGCUGCAGAUGUAGUAAACAUACAGCCAAGAAGAUCAGUGUCUUUGGAUUCUUCUUCUGCUGCUAAGAUCAGUCUUGCUCUCGCCACUGUUGAAUCUCAUGGGGAAGUCAAUGAACAAAUUGUUUCAAGGAGUGUUGCAAAAGGUAGUUCUUCUUCAAGGACAAGAAAUCUUCUGAGUGCACCUAGUUCAAUGAAGAGGUCACGAUCCUUCAAUGGAAAACAUCUACUAUCUUGGUAUAGCCGCAGCCAAAAGAAGCCAAAUGCUCCACUAAGAAGCUUUUGAUUGUCCUCUUUGGCACAGGUCAGUUCUAACUCUCAACAAGCUGAGAGUUUGAGAGGUUUCUAUAUGAAUCAAAUAAGUUAUGUGAUGAUCAUGUGUGUAAUAGCAAAGCAAAAGGUCACAAACAAAUUGAAGAUUAUCCUUGCUAAGUUUUGCUCAGAAGGUACCAGAGUCACAUAUGAUGUAUAUUCUGGCUUUUUAGAGCGAAACAUCAAAAUGUAUGUAGGCCUUUUAUUCAUCCAAAGUGAUGCAUGGAUGCUGAAAUUAAAUGCAGGGCACCUUAUAUUGAUUUUGGGGUUUCCUAUCUAAACAAUUUAAUCACUUAAUGUACAAUAUUAUCCACUUGCGAAAAUUUGUAUGAAACAUUGUUUGCACUUUUUGAUCAUAGACGACAGUUAAAAAGAAAAAAGAAAAAGGAUGUUGCUGUAAUUGCAAUUAUCAGCAGAAUGCACCUAUUUUCAAUUGAAAAGUUCACAUUAUCCUGUUAUAGUAGAAGUUAGAAAAAUCCAAGUGCUCCUCCUCUGAAAAGCAUUUGCUUGUUCUACUAUGU